AUGCAUCCACAACAGCUCCACCCAUAUGGUGGUGUUCCUCCUAUGACAGGAACAAGUUCAGGGUUGUUCAAGAACAACUUCACAUUCUCAAACUCUACCCAGCUUCCUAGCCAGCCUUCACUCCUUGAUGACAGCAGCUCAGAAUUCUCAGACUUCCAUCAAGGUGUCACCUAUUCCCAUGGACAUCCUAAGAACACUAGCUUCCAUCCAACAAUGACAAUUAGAUCUGUGAGUUUCAGUUCACUUCAAUAUGGCACACCAACUCCAGAUAUGGCUGGCAUUCAAAACAGCAGCUCUGAGUUGAGAGCACUUUCCAAGACUGUGGGCCAGCAAUCAGUAACUAUAGAAAAACUCAUGACUCACCUUCAAACUGUUGAGGAAGAGGUUGCUGUUCUCUGUGCAUGGAUGGAGACACAGCAAGAUGAUCAUCCAGAAUCAAGUAGAGGGAGGAGAGCGAUGAAACUAUACAUACACCCUCUAUUUGCUGAUCUUUGUGGCAUCAAAAGAAGUCUUGAGUGUGGUGCAAGAGCACUCACUCUGACAAAUGUUAAGCCUUUGGACACAUGUGAGCCAUUCAAGCAGAUUGACCAGAAGACUUGCAUGUGGCACCCAAACUUCCUUGGCCAAGUAGAUGAUGCCCUGAAUGCCAAAUUCAUACAGGAGGUUGCUCAGCAUAUCUGGGACAAUGAGAUGACUCAGCACCAGCAAACAGGCAAGGGUGAACUUCCUGACAGUGAUUAUGGCAUGCCUAUCAUCAAGGAAUGCACGAAGACAUACUUUCAAAAUGUCCAUAAGUUAGAAAGUGAACAAAAUGACCCAUGCAAACUGCAAAAAGCAAAUGAUCAGAAAACUAUUACCUGCCAACACACACAACAUCAGGGAGUGGGUAACAAUACUACUAGUGAAAAGAGGACUUACCACAAGGCAUUAAGGUUGCAAAGAUGCAUUGAGCUGCUGCCAAAGCCUUUGAAAAAGAUACCAAACACAAGGAAACAAUGGCAUUGA